AUGUCCAGUUUUUCAACUGUCCGCCGUCUGCGAGGUAUCCUCGCCGUAAACAACCACACGGCAACCACUAAAACCCCAAUUACCUCUUCAAAUUCCACCAAUCAGACACCCCAAGCAAUUGUAAAUUUCUUGAAAGAAUCAUCACAGCACCCUAAGUUCCGACGCGAAGGACGGGUCCAUUAUGAACUCGCCGUUCACCGCCUUGCAAAAGCCUACCACUUCUCCGGCAUCGAAGAAAUUAUCGAGCAUCAAAAGCGGUCAGAGAGAUAUGAUGAAAUUGGCGGGUUGUUUCGUGAAUUGCCCGCGAAAUUGUCGAUUGAGCCUAAUUUACUGUCUUAUAACCUUGCGAUUAAGGCGUUGUGUAAGGCUGGUUCUUUCGAUUCUGCUGUGCUUUUGAUGGAUGAGAUUGAAAAGAAUGGGAUUAAGCCGAAUACUGUGACUUGUAAUACCUUGUUAAUCGCACUUUAUGAAAGUCAAAGGAUUUCUGAAGCUGAAAAUUUGUGGGUUGUGAUGGAAAACAGAAAUAUUAUCCCUGAUCUUUGCAGUUACAAUAUUAGAUUACGAAGUUUGGCUAAAGUUAAUGAGGUUUCAAAGGCGAUUCAGUUCUUCGAGGAGAUCGUUAAGAAGGGUUUCAAACCGGACAAAUUCAGUUACAAUACUAUGAUAAGGAUGUAUAUCGAUGAGGGGAAUUUGGAGGAGGCUAAAAUGUGGUAA